UUUUUGCAAAUAACUUCAAAAUGGGUAUUGUUUUGGAUUGAACGUGGAAAGAAGUUAGGUUUUGAAAACUUGUCCUAUUUUCUCUAUCUAAAACUAUCACUAAACUUUCAAACUUUCCUUUCAUUAAUCAACAAUCAUUUACUCACAAUUGUCUUUAUGGAUUCAAAACCACUAUAAUACUUAAUCCCAGACUAAAUUACCAAAUUGGUAUUUUUAUUCGACCAUGUUUGCCAGUUUGAUAUAUUUAAAAAAUCUGGCAACAACAAUGUAUUUAUUCUCGGCCUUUUAGUCAAUAAGGCUCAUCCUGUUCGCUGGCGGCCAAAAAUCAAACGUGAGUGGCUCACGUGGCAAAAUAAGUGAUGCUGAGUCAGCAUGAUUGUAAAGAUGUGGAUGUUAAUGCCGUUGAAAUUAUCCUCUUCUCCAUUCCCCACUCGCGCACAAAUUAGGGACGAACUUGAAAUUAGGGUUUGAGAUCCUGCCUCCUCCCCUUUCAUUCAGAUCUUCAAAUUAGUAGCAACCCCAACAUGACCUCGUCAAGCUCAAGUUUAGGUUCAAGCAAGAAUAGGUCUGGAGUAAACUACCAAAUUGAUUUCGAUUUCAACAAUUUGAGUUGUAUUAGAAAAUGGAAUGAAGUAGCAAAGAGGUACGGGGUCAAAAUUUGUUCUUGUAGAGCUGAAUGUGACUACUAUACAUCAAUGACAGAUGCAAACUCCGAAAGGAGGUUCUACAGAUGCCGAAAUUAUAAGAAUGGUGGUUGUCAUGUUUGGGAAUGGUUUAACGAUCAAUUGUGUAAUGUGGCAUCUCAAUUGUUCCCUCUAUUGAGAGAAGGGAUCUUGAACCUGAGGAACAAUGAUAUACUGAAUGAUCAAUUGAUUGAACGUGUUGAGAAUGAGAUGAAAGAAUGCCAUGCUGAUAUUGCCAAGACUAAAGAAGAGCUACGCAUAUGUCAAAGAGAGUCUGGUGCUUAUUUAUUGGAGAUUUCAAACCUGAAGAUGGAUAGAACAAGAUGCGAGAAUCUGAUCAAACUUCAAACGAACAAGCUCAAAUUGUAUGAGAUGGUAACUAUGGUCUGUGGAGUUGUAAUGUGCUUAGGGUUCUUUAUUGUAAAUAUGAGAUGGUAAUUAUAUGAGAUGCUCUCGUUUAUGGCAAUGUA